UCCACCCAUGAGACACACACGUGGAGCUCAGUCUUUUGCUCGUCUACAAAUGGAACCUCUUUCUCUCUCUUGAAAGAAAUAACAAAGUAGAACCGGUGAGAAAGUGAAGGAAAGUUCGAGAAAUAGAGAAAGAAAGAGAGAGAGAAGGGCCUUCGAUCUCUACAUCCCCGACCAUGUCGCUAUCCAUGAAUGCCCCCUUUGGAGGUUCAAGUUCUUCGGUGGUGAGCCCUACCGAAGCUCAGAUGAACAAGGAUCAGAAGAUGGCAUCUGCUGAGAGUUUGGUUCUUGAACUUAUCAACCCUGAUCUUCGUGAAAAUGCUUUGCUUGAACUCUCUAAGAAGAGAGAAUUAUUUCAAGAUUUGGCUCCAUUAUUGUGGAAUUCUUUUGGUACUAUUGCUGCACUAUUGCAGGAGAUAGUUUCAAUUUAUCCUGUUCUAUCACCACCAAAUCUAACUCCAGCACAAUCAAAUCGGGUCUGCAAUGCACUUGCCCUUCUACAGUGUGUAGCUUCUCAUUCAGAAACAAGGAUGCUGUUCCUAAAUGCCCACAUACCCUUGUACCUGUACCCUUUCCUCAAUACCAAUAGCAAAUCUAGGCCUUUUGAGUACUUGAGACUAACUAGCCUAGGUGUUAUUGGUGCUUUGGUGAAGGUUGAUGAUACAGAAGUUAUUAGUUUCCUUCUCUCAACAGAAAUAAUUCCGCUGUGCCUACGCACCAUGGAGAUGGGGAGUGAAUUGUCAAAAACAGUUGCCACAUUUAUUGUUCAAAAAAUUCUGUUGGAUGAUGUGGGCUUGGAUUAUAUUUGUACUACGGCAGAGCGAUUUUUUGCAGUAGGUCGAGUUUUGGGGAAUAUGGUCGCAGCACUUGCUGAGCAACAAUCAACAAGGCUUCUUAAGCAUAUUAUUCGAUGUUAUCUUCGAUUAUCAGACAACCCAAGGGCUUGUGAUGCAUUAAGAAAUUGCCUUCCGGACAUGUUAAAAGACGCCACUUUCAGUAGUUGUCUUCGUGAAGAUCCAACAACGAGGAGGUGGUUGCAGCAGCUGCUUCACAAUGUCGGGGGAAACCGGGUUGCUGCAUUUCAGGCGGGGGGAGGAUUUGACCAUAUGCUGGUGAACUGAACUGAAAGUAGAGAGUUUCUUUAAUUCGUUUUCUUUUGUUGGUCGUGGAGGGGGAGACUUGUUAUUUAUCUUAUUUCAUGUGUUGUUUCUUAUGUGAGAAACCGUGUGUUAUUUAGAAUUAGGAAAUGUGUCUGAGACAAAGCCAGUUACUGCAUCUGGUCGACUUCUACCUAUUUUAAUUUCAGAGUUAUUGUAUGUAGUUAGCUCUUCAUCUGUAGGCAUGGGUUCAAAAGAAAAUACUGGAAAAAUAUAACCAAUCUGUUAUAACUUUUAA